CAACACGGCCAUAAACACAAUUUCGUCUUAUGUUACUUCACAGGCCACUGUUAUAUUAAUUAAAAUAAAAAUGACUGAACAAAGCGAGGCCAAGGUCUACGUUGACGCGGCGGAAGCUACGCGAUUUGUCAAGGGAGUCUUGCAGGGCAAUGGCGUUCCAGAGGCCAGUGCUAGCAUCGUCGCAAAGUGUCUAGUCGCUGCCGACCUUCGGGGUGUUGACACCCAUGGCAUCAACCGUAUACCAUCGUAUAUGGAACGGAUUCGGCAAGGCGUCUUGGAAGCUAAGGCUGAGCCGGAGCUGAAAUCAGUCACUCCAGUUGUUCACCAUGUGGACGGUCACAAUGGUUUCGGAUUCUUGGCAGCGCAUAAAGGCAUGGCAGCGGCCAUCGAAUCCGCACGCACUUUCGGCAUUGGCAUGACUAGUAUUGCACAUUCAAAUCACUAUGGAAUGAGCGCUUGGGUGGUGCAACAGGCUCUCGACGCCGACAUGAUGAGUUUGGUCUUUACAAAUUCUAGUCCAGCGCUACCCGUGUGGGGUGGAAAGAGCAAGCUUAUGGGCGUCUCUCCUAUUGCCUGUGGUGCCCCCGGCAAGGACCAACCUUUCAUCUUAGAUAUGGCGCCGUCAGUCGCCGCUCGUGGGAAAAUUUACAAAGCCAAAAGGCGCGGCGAGAAGAUACCGCUGGACUGGGCUUUGGAUUCCGAGGGCCGACCCACAGAUGACCCAGAGGCAGCUCUUGGAGGCGUCAUGUUACCCAUGGGAGGUCCAAAGGGAUCGGCGUUGUCUAUUAUGAUGGACGUCUUCUCGGGAGUUUUAUCAGGGUCUGCUUAUGCCGGCCACGUUACGGGCCCCUAUGAUUCGUCCAAACCGUCGGACGUAGGUCACUUUCUUGUUGCAAUCAAGCCCGAUCUUUUUCUUGACCUCAACGAAUUUCGCGAAAGGAUGGGUUACUUGUAUCAGCGGGUCGUGGGGUCUGACAAGGCCGCCGGUGUGGAUAGAAUCUAUUUCCCCGGCGAGCUCGAACAGAUUGCGCAAAGUGAGAGAGAGAAGACUGGCAUACCGUAUGUCAAGGCGGAAAUUGAUGCUUUGAAUGACGAAGCACGGAAGGUAGGAGUCGAACCUAUCGUCACAAAAUAAUAGGUCCAGAUAGAAUAGAGCAACACAAUGACGAAAAGUAUAGUCAUGG